AGGGACAAACUCAAGGUUGAAAUACGGGUUGUAACUUGCUUCGUUAGUUGUAGCGCCGAGUUUGUUAGUUUGCAUUACAACAUUCAGUUUAGUCUUGCUAAUUUUAGUUUAAGUUAGAAACAAUCAUUAAAAUGUCUGGUCAAGCGAUUGAUACAAAUGCUAUGACCUUAAUUCGUUACGUCUUGGCAGAGCAAAAAAAAUUCCCAGGGGCAACGGGUGACCUGACUGCUUUAUUAAAUUCGAUACUCACAGCAUGCAAGGCGGUAUCAUCGGCUGUCCGAAAAGCAGGGAUUGCAAAAAUUUUCGGUAUAGUUGGUCAGACAAAUGUCCAAGGAGAAGAAGUAAAAAAACUGGACGUUCUUGCCAAUGACUUGUUUAUUAACAUGCUCAAGUCUUCAUACACCACCUGCCUCCUCAUAUCAGAAGAAGAUGAACGAGUAAUUGAAGUUGAGACUGACAAGAGAGGAAAAUAUAUAGUCUGCUUUGAUCCUUUAGAUGGUUCUUCAAACAUUGAUUGUCUCGUAUCUAUAGGAUCUAUCUUUUCCAUAUAUCGUAAGACAUCAACUGGACCACCAACAGAACAGGAUGGGCUUCAAAGUGGGCGAAACAUUGUCGCUGCUGGCUAUGCACUUUACGGGAGUGCUACAAUGGUGGUUUUAUCUACAGGCAAUGGAGUCAAUGGAUUCAUGUUAGACCCUGCUAUUGGUGAAUUUAUCCUCACUGAUCCAAACAUGACUGUAAAACCAAGAGGAAAAUACUACAGCAUCAAUGAGGGUUAUGCUAGCUUGUGGGAUAAGGCUGUAACAGAGUAUGUGAAAAGAAAAAAAUACCCAGAGAAUGGAAAGCCUUACGGUGCCAGAUACAUCGGUUCUAUGGUAGCCGAUGUACAUCGCACACUGAAGUAUGGGGGAAUCUUCAUGUAUCCUGCCACAAAGGAUUCUCCUAAUGGAAAGCUACGACUUCUAUAUGAAUGCAACCCCAUGGCUUAUAUAAUUGAGCAAGCUGGAGGACUGGCAAGUUCAGGGAAAAUUCCAAUUCUUGAUGUGGUUCCUAAAAAGAUUCAUCAACGCUCACCCAUUUUUCUUGGUUCUAGAGAAGAUGUGGAAGAAAUUCUUGAUCUGUAUAAACAGCUCUAAAAGGAAUAAUGUUAAAGAACAAGUUAGGGCUGCUUGAUAGCCGAGGUUUUCUUAUUUUUCAGACUUUACACUUUAUAACAGUGCAUUUGAAAAACACAAGUAACCAUUUAAAGAAUCAGUUGAAGUUACAAUUAAUCAAUUAUGGUAUAUAUUCAUGUAGACUUCAGUGAUAUAUUGUCAUAUGAUUAAAACAUCAGUUAUGUGCCUUAUCAGUAUUUUAAACCUAACUCUAGCAGUAAAAACCAUUGUUCUUAACUUUUUCUUAUUUGACUAAAAAAAACAUUCUUCACAAGAUCUGUCAAACAAUGAAACUUUCCAGUUAUUUCGUUCGCAUUAAUGCAUUCAUAUCCAAAAUAUUUGUUGAUUUUAUUAAAUGUUUAAUAUUUCUAAUGUUGAGGUCAAUGCCAAGGUUGUCUAUGUUUUAAUAAAUUAAAAGAAAGACUGGUUUCCAUGUUUUGCUUAGUGUCACUGUUAGAUGAUUUUUGGUGAGUAAAAAACAGCAAAUUACUUUGUAAAACUGGCUUAAGUGGUUUUUAAUAGCUCAGAGUACUGAACACAAACAACAAGUAUCUUAUAAAUGAAAGUUUCUUAACACUACAAAUUAAAAUAUGAAAACUUUUUUUACCUUUUUCAAUUCCAGAAAAACUCGAUAAGAUAUACUUGCUUCCAUUUAGUGAAUUACUUCUUUCAAAAGCUAGAGUGUUGAUUUUGAUGAGGAACUGUUGAUGCUAACUUUUGUUUUACCACACAUUUUUCUGUAAAAAUGGCAUUCCUCAGCAUACAUUUUAAAUCACGUUUAUAUUAUUUGGGCCAACGUGCACACACAGUGAGUGAAUUAAAUUCCCAAUAACAACCAACGUGUAAACAAUAUUCGUACGAUCACUGGAAAUGUUGGGAAUUUUGAUAAAUAAAAGUUUUGAAACUUGAA